AUGUCAAAGAGAAUCCUCAUAUUUGGUGCCACCGGCAAGCAGGGCGGCGCUGUCGCGCGCGAGCUACUGUCCGCCUUUGGAGGCAGUGCUACACUCUAUGCUGUGACUCGCAACUCCACAUCCCCAGCUGCUCAAAAGCUUGAGCAGCAAGGUGUCAAUCUUGUCAUAGGUGACAUGGAGGACGCGCGCCCAGAAUCCACUCUAAAGGCAGCGAUUGCUGAUGCUAAGCCUACACACGUCUUUCUCAUGUCAAAUGAGAAGGUGGGCACGUUCUCAAAGGGCAGCUUCUGCACUCAAGAGCUUGCAGCCGCAAACCGCAUGCUUGACUUCCUGGAGGCCUGUGGAACUGUGCAGUACAUUGCUAUGAGCUCGGUAGCAGGCUGCCACCAGGGGGCAAGAUAUUCAAUGCCGAAUUUCAAGGUGAAAGAGGACAUCGAGGCCGCGCUGAAAAGUAGGGGGAUGAAGUGGACGGUGCUUCGACUGGUCACGCUGAUGGACAACUUUGUGGACAAAGAGCUUGGGGGACUGACAAGAACCAGUGUGACAGGCCUAGCAAACAAUUCCGCGAUGGAGAUGUGGUACGUGAGCUGCAGGGACCUGGGGGUGGCUGUGGCAACAUGCUUUGCCAAGUCGUCAGACACCUCCUGCGAAUACCACGGCAAGACCAUCAACCUGGCGAGUCAAAAGUUGAGCGGUGCAGAGAUUUGCUCGGCUUACGCCAAGGUCAUCGGCGCAGAAGCAAAGGUGAAGUACACACCGGUGAUGGGACCCUGCUUGAUGAGCAUGGGCUUCAUAAUGCCGGAUUUCGUGGCCAUGCACAGGUAUUGGGAGAAGGUUGGCUAUCCCAUUGAAGCACCUGACCAGGAGGACUUCAAAGAGCUGGUGCCUGAACCAUGGACCAUUGAAGACUACUUCAGGAGCCUGGGUGACAGAAUCCCGAUGUGA